AUGGUGCGGCUGCAGUGUGAUGGAUUGUGCUUCUCAUUGAGAGAGACCACUGAGCGCAGAGAAGGGGAGAGAGAUUCUCCCAUUGGUCAGAUGCGCCCCCCCCACGGCAGCGCCACGCCUCAGAAGAACAGUAACCUGCUGGUGAUCAUCGUGGUGUCGGUGGGGGCCAUCACUGUGGUGGUGGUGGUCAUCGUGGCCCUCAUCUGCACCCGGCACUCCUCCGCCCAGCAGAGGAAGAAGAGAGCGAGCCACAGUGCCAGCAAGAGGAAAGGCAGCCAGAAGGACCUGCGGCCCCCUGACCUGUGGAUCCACCAUGAGGAGAUGGAGAUGAAGAACAUGGAGAAAGCUCCGAGCAUCGCUCCGUCCGGACGUGAUUCGCCCAUCCAGUCCUGCCAGGACCUCCCCCAAGUGGCACACAGCCAAUCAGAGAGCCAGAUGGGCAGUAAGAGCAGCCACUCAGGAGCUGACGGAGACGAGGCCUCCAGCUGUAUCUCCACCCUGGACCGCUCGCUGGCCGGCAGGAGGGGAACACGAGGCAAAAUGAUGAUUCCUAUGGACUCACAGCCGAGCAACACACCAGUGGUCAGUGCCAUCCCGGUGCCGGCCCUGGACUCCUCUCAGUACCCGGGCAUCCUGCCGUCCCCCUCCUGUGGCUUCACACACAAUAGUUCAGCCUGAGACCCAUGCCCUUCCCCAGCCUGACCGUGGACCGAGGAUACACACCAGCCAUGACUGCAGAGGCCUCCACCAACCCUCUGCUCCAGCAGCAGCCGCCCCCCCAGCCGGUGGCUCCGCUCCUCCCCGGGUCCUCUGCCCCGCCCGGGGACCAUGUUCCUGGGGUCGUUGCCAUCCCAGGGGCC